CGGUGAGGAAGAGACAGAGAAAGAGAGAGGGAAGGCAAGGCCGACAGGAAGGGGAGGGGGCGACCCGGCUCCGUCCCAUGCUCCGUCGGCGGCGGGCGGCCCUUUCCUCCCCCUGCCCCUUCAUGCGGGGCCCGGGCCGGGGUCGCGCCGGAGAUGGCCAGGAAGACAGUUAGCAGGAAGAGGAGGGCGGCGGCCCCCGCGGCGGGGCCCGGAGGAGAGCAGUAUGGCUGGGAUCACUCAGCUCACAAAAGGAAGCGGCUCCCCCCAGUUAAAAGGUCACUGGUAUGCUACCUGAAAGGAAGAGAGGUGCGGAUGCAGGAUGAGUCCAGCUACCACCGGCUCCUGCACGGAUAUGCAGCCCAGCAACUGCCCGGUCUCUUGAAGGAAAGAGAGUUUCACCUUGGGACCCUCAACAAAGUGUUUGCAUCUCAGUGGCUGAAUCACCGGCAAGUGGUGUGUGGGACAAAAUGCAACACAUUGUUUGUGGUCGAUGUCCAGACGGGUCAGAUUACCAAGAUUCCAAUUUUGAAGGACCGAGAACCAGACAUGGUGAAUCAGCAGGGCUGCGGGAUUCAUGCCAUUGAGCUGAACCCUUCCAGGACCCUCUUGGCUACGGGAGGUGACAACCCAAAUAGCCUUGCGAUUUAUCGUCUGCCUACACUUGAUCCUGUCUGCGUGGGAGAUGAUGGCCACAAAGAUUGGAUAUUUUCUAUUGCAUGGAUCAGUGACACCAUGGCUGUUUCUGGCUCCCGAGAUGGUUCAAUGGGGCUCUGGGAAGUGACGGACGAAGUCCUAGCCAAGAGCGAUGCAAGACGCAACUUGUCUCGGGUCCCCGUCUAUGCUCACAUAACACACAGGGCUCUGAAGGACAUCCCCAAGGAGAACACCAACCCGGACAACUGCAAGGUUCGGGCACUAGCUUUCAACAACAAGAACAAGGAGCUGGGAGCAGUGUCCCUGGAUGGAUAUUUCCACCUCUGGAAAGCAGAAUACACACUUUCAAAGCUGCUGUCAACGAAGCUACCGUACUGCAGGGAGAAUGUGUGUCUGGCCUAUGGUCAGGAGUGGUCUGUGUACGCUGUUGGAUCUCAGGCACAUGUCUCCUUUCUGGACCCAAGGCAGCCUUCCCACAAUGUCAAGUCUGUCUGUUCCAGGGAGCGAGGCAGUGGUAUUCGCUCUGUGAGCUUCUACGAACACAUUAUCACGGUGGGGACCGGACAGGGUUCCUUGCUGUUCUAUGACAUCCGAGCCCAGAGGUUCCUGGAUGAGAAGCCGCCGCACAGUUGCUACGGAACAAAAUUAGGAGGAAGUGAAAUUCUCAAGUUGUCGACUGGCAAAGGUUGGCUGAAUCAUGAUGAAACCUGGCGGAAUUACUUUUCAGACAUCAGCUCCUUCCCAAACGCUGUUUACACCCACUGCUACGACUCGUCUGGCACGAAACUCUUUGUGGCAGGAGGCCCCCUUCCGUCUGGACUCCAUGGGAAUUACGCUGGUCUCUGGAGCUAAUAACUCUUUCCAAACACAGCUCUUUCGUGCGAAUUA